UCAACCUGCGCGACAGUAAAACGGCAUGGCUUCUGCUUGACAGAGAAGUCUCGUGCGAGAUAUUCAUGCGUUAAUUUAAGAUUUUUAUAACGAUAAAAACAUGGAUAUGAGCGAGGAGAACGAUGAAACUUUCGGAAUAGAUGUUAUUCUUCAAGACGAAGAUAAAAAGGCGCCAUGUUGUCCUCACGGUCCAACUCUUCUGUUUGAAAAAGUGAGUAAAGGAGGAGAGAAAGGCCGUAGAUUUUACGCCUGCUCAGCCUGCAGAGACAGAAAAGACUGCAAGUUUUUCCAGUGGGAAGAUGAUAAGGUCUCUGAAGCCAGACUUUUGGCACGAGAAGCAGAAAAUAAGUCAAAGAGGCCACCAUUCACCCAGAAGGAGUACUGUAACAGGUUCAGAAAGUUCGCCUCCCUCAGCCUGGAUGAGAAGAAGUUCUGUCACGAUUGUCAGAUUCUGCUCCUGCCUGCAGAGCACGCUGCUCACUCUUCUCACAGAACCUCGUUGAUCACCGCCACUCAGCUAAGGAGACCGAGCGUGUUGCUGCGUCCGCUCGACAACAAGAAGAGUAACGCCCAGUAUUUGUUCACCGACCGCAGCGCUCACUUCCUGCUGGACACGCUGGCUGGCCUGGGGUACAAGAAGAUCCUAUGUGUGGGGACACCAAGACUUCAGGAGCUGAUUAAGCUGAGAAAUAUGGAGCAGAAACACGAGACGAUGAAGAGUCUGCUGCUGGAUAUCGACUUCAGAUAUGCUCAGUUCUACAACAAGGACGAGUUCUGUCACUACAACAUGUUCAACCAUCACUUCUUUGACGGAGAGGCCUCCAGCUCCGUCCUGCAGACCUUCCUCUCAGAGAGUGACGGGGAGAAGGUGGUGAUGGUGGCUGACCCUCCGUUUGGUGGUUUGGUGAAACCUUUAGCCAGAAGUUUCUCUCUGAUCUCACAGACGUGGAGGAAGCGGCAGAGUCAAGACUGCAGUAACACUGACAUGCCCAUGAUGUGGAUCUUCCCCUAUUUCUUUGAGCCUCGCAUCCUGGAGUGUCUCCCCUCCCUCACUAUGCUCGACUAUCAGGUGGAUUAUGACAACCAUCCUCUGUACAAACAUGGGAAGACUGGUAGGAAACAGUCUCCUGUCAGACUGUUCACUAAUAUUUCACCUAAAGACGUCAUCCUGCCCAAAGAUGAGGGCUACAGAUUUUGCUCUGUGUGUCAGAGAUUCAUCUGGUCUCUCAACAAACACUGUGCUAAAUGCAACAUCUGCCCAUCAAAGGACGGCCGGGAAUGGAAGCACUGCUCUGUGUGUGAGAAAUGUGUGAAACCAUCAUGGAGACACUGUCAGUCUUGUGGCCACUGUGCUCUCCCUGAUCACCCAUGUGGGCGCGGUGAAGGAAAGCAGGGCUGCUUUAACUGUGGAAGCCUGGAGCACAAACGAAAAGCUUGUCCGGUCAAAGACCAGCACAGGAACAAAAGUCAACGUUUUAAAGCCAAAGGUGGAGCAAAAAACAUCUCUAACCGUCCCGCCUUCAAACGGAAAGGGAAGAGGAAGUCUGGAGCGGCACGGCGAGCAAAGAAGAUGGCCGCUCUGUCUGUGUGAUCUCUACAUUUAGCAUCAUUGAAACCCAAAGCAACAAGAUGCUUAUUAAAUACAAAAUAACUGGU